AUGCCGGCAGAUAGACUUCUUACGACUGUGUUACGCGCAUACCAAGGCGUGCCUGACCCAGCCCAAACUGACAGAAUCCUUGGGACAACUACCUCUCUACUUACCACUCUUACGAAUCCUUUGAACGUUAGUCUUCUAACAUCACAUCUCCUUACCGCGCCUGCUAUAUGGAACAAUACCGAUGGUCUACGAAUUUGCCUCCGAAUCAUCAGUGUCUUCAAUACUGCUGCCAUCACGGUGUGCAAAAACGAAGUAGAAAGUCGUAACGAGCAUCCACCGUACGAUGCAUACCAACCUCGGAAAGGAGGCGGGAUUGGUUCUGAUGAUUGGGCUCGAUCAGUGAUCAAGGGUGCAGAUGAAAGGUCGCCAAGAUGGCAGCAUCUUCUCGUAAUCGCUGGCGUGUUACUAGGCAUGGAAAAUGGAGGAAGGCAUGGGCUCUCUAGCGGUCUUAGGAGUACACUCGAGCGAGCAUUAGUAACGGCGGCAAACUUAGCACUGGAGAAUCCAAUGAGAGACGGGAUUCUUGCUGCAGAAUCCAUCGUGUUAGCUCUCAAUCACGCAUUUCCCCUGUUAUCGGACGGAGUGCGUGCGGGUCUGAAUUAUGAUAGUUUAGUCAUGAUAAUGGUACGGUCGGUGACUGCAUUGGAGGGCUAUCAGGACGGUAUUUUCUUGCAAUACAUUGAUGCGGAUGUCAAACAAGUCCCGGGAGAUAAGUUCGAUUGGUCGUCCAAAUCCUCCUCUUUUAUACAACUACAAAAGCAGGCAUCAAGCCCGAUACUGUCGUCCAUGGGGCCACUUUCGAGGCUUAUCGCACAUGCAAUCGAAAAUAUGACCAACCCUCUACUCGCAAUAGAAAUUCGAGAGCAUCUUCUUUCCUUCUCGGGCAGACUUCUAGAAGGCUGGAAGAGGAACAAGUUAUCGGAAAUUGAUCCAUCUGAGGAGGCGGCUUUUCUAACUCCCGAAACCCUCCAAAUGACCACACCAGUCUUAUGGCAGGUAUUGAAGAGCGCUAUGUUUGCUACCGUUGUCAUUCUGCAAGGUCUUAUGGGAAGAACUAUGCUUGACCCUAUCCUUUCGACAAGACGCCUUGCCCCGAUAGGAGCUUCGGAAACCCUUAUCAUUCUUGGGAACAUUCACUUUAUUUCGUCUCGACUUGGCUCGAAUUCUUUUUCCGCAUAUGUGUUCGUUAAUUUGUCUUCUAUCGACAUCCUAUCUAAUUAUCCUCUCGAAUCAAGAGAGCUUCUCAAAGCUAUAUACCCCACGCAAGCUGGCGAGAUUCCAAAUAACCCUUUGCAGCGCAAUCAUGAUCUAUUUUAUCUUAAUACUUGCGAGCACUUGACAGAUAUUCUUAGUCCGCCUGACAACGAAAGUUUAAUCAUUAGUGUGGCAGCCCCUUAUCUCAAUCCAACAGCUCAUCCUGGGUUCUUGGAAAUCUUUGAGGCUGCUCACAGCGCUGUUCUUGCAGUACUCUCAGCCCCUCAAAACACAAAAUUGACCGCUAGAUUCAUACCAACUUACGUUGAUGCUCUCUUUAAUUCCUUUCCGAACAACCUGUCGCCUAGACAAUUCCGUUACGCAUUUAAGUCUUUAAUACACAUUACUACUCCGCCUACACCACUGUCGACCGCGGAGCCAAUGUUAGCCGAGACCCUUCUAGAAAUGCUCCAUCACCGUGCAACCCAUGCGCCUACAUCGUCACUACCACAAUCUGUAUAUAUGAGAGACACCGCCAGCCAACAAGAUAGUCAGACGCCUCUCUCUGAACAGGCAUACCUUAUGCUGACACUACUUGAUGCAUUACCCAAUCUUCCCCUCGAUACUCUACAAGCAUGGUUACCAAUAUCAGCUGACCUUUUGAAUUCCAUCGAAGAUAAUUACAUGAGAGAACGAUGCAAAGCAAGAUUCUGGGAAGUCUUAGAGAGUGGAGAGAUGGACGUUGAGAGGAGCGCUUUAUGUGUCGGAUGGUGGAGUACACGGGGCGGUAGAGACCAGAUACUAUUUGGGAGGGAAACUCAAGAUGUUGGGCCAUACAUGAGUGGAGGUUUGGGAGAGAUUAGAAGUAGAUUGUGA